CUUCUCCCAAUAACGGUGUAAAAAUGAUUGAGUUUCUGCUUUUGUUAGCUGGAAACAAAAUGUCAGCGAAACUGCUACUUUUGGUGGCUUGCUCCCUUUGGAUUUCGAGUGUUUCCUCUUCUUGGAGAUAUAGGCACCCUGAUUUUGAUUUAGAUGCGAAACAAAUGAUACAGAAGUAUGGAUAUCCUCUGGAAGUGCAUACCGUGGAAACCGAAGACGGAUACAUAUUAGAAGUUCAUCGUAUUCCACAUGGUAGGAACGGUACAAAAACGGGACAUCCCAUACUUUUUGUGCCAGGACUUGUUUGCAGUUCGGCGGAAUUUUUAACUCAGGGUCCGGGUAUUAGUUUAGCAUAUAUACUGGCCGACGAGGGCUACGAUAUAUGGAUCGUAAACCCUAGGGGAUCUCGGUGGUCCAGGAAACACAGGACACUCGAUCCUGAUCUGAAUAAUAAGGAGUUUUUUGAUAUCAGCUUUCAAGAGAUUGGCAUCUACGAUAUCACUGCGACUAUAGACUACAUUUUGCGUGAAACUAGUCGUGAACAGUUAUUUUACGUUGGGCAUUCGCAAGGGACUACCUCUGUACUUGCUAUGCUGGCAGCCAGGCCAGAAUACAAUGACAAAAUAAUAUUAAUGACCGCUUUGGCACCUGUCGCUUACACUGCAAACUCAAAUCAUAUACUUUACAAAAUAUUAGACAGCAAUUUACCAUUGCUGCAGCACUUACUCGAUUCGUAUGGUGUAUAUCAACUCUUACCCCAUUCUCAACUACUGACACUGGUAGGACGAAUUUUAUGUAACGACUACGCUCUGACCCAGCCGAUAUGCGAGACCAUCGUUUACCUUUACGCCGGAUACAGUACCAACUUUAACACGACCUUAUUACCCGUUAUCCUAACGAAUACACCCGCCGGAGCUUCGAUGAGAAUGUUUUACCAUUACAUCCAGUUGGCUAUCUCGGGACAAUUUCAGAUGUACGAUUUUGGGCAGCAACAAAACUUAAUAAGGUAUGGACAGGCGAGUCCGCCAAAACUGGAUCUGACUAAAGUAACGCUGCCGUCGGCCCUAUAUUACUCAAAGCAAGAUGCCUUAUCCGCAGCGAAGGACGUGGAGUUACUGGCGGCAGAUUUGCGAAACCUUGUUAGACUGCACUUGGUUGAAGGAUACAGCCACUUAGACUAUCUGUGGGCGAAAAAUGUAAAUGUUGAUUUGUACCAAUACGUUGUGGAAACUAUUAAAAGUUACUCUAUAUAA